AUGACGGUAAACCCCUUCCUUAAUGAUGAAAUAACACCUCCGGCAUCACCUGCAGAAAGAAGAGCAUUUAUUAAUAACGCUAAUCCAGGUGGACUAAGGUAUAACUCCCCCACAAUUCCACCUGUUUUGCCAAAUGCUCACCUUUCACCUCAUCGUGCGCCAUCCUCCCCAUCCAGGGCGGCUGCAAGGUACUCUCCUCAGAGAUCUAGUAUAUUCAAUGCUGAAAGUCCUCAUGCGGUAACCGCCAAUAACAGGUAUGAAGCUAAUAUGUUACAAUCACCUUAUAGAAAGCAGCAUGCGGUCGUUAAUAUUUCAGAUGAUGAAGAUGACGAUGAUUCUAUAUUCUUUGGAAGCCCAUUGCGCAAUAAUCUUACCGCUUCCUUUAAAAGUUCUACUGACCGAUCGACUUCUGAUUCUGCCAAUAUUAAUGUAGAUACAGAGAGUACCCUUUCCGGGGAUACCAUUGGAAGCACAAUUUUUCAACUGAACCACCCUAGAAGGGAAUACACUAGGCGCUAUCAAUCAGAGGUAAGAAAAGCCCCUCCUCCAGAGAAGCGGAAGAAUAUAUUGACAUUAGACAAUCCAAUCCCCAGUGGCUUAUUAGGAAUUUUGCCGUGUGGUAAUUCUCAUGAAUUUUCUGAGAUGAGAUACACAGCCUGUACAAGUAAUCCUGACGACUUUGUAGAAGAGGGCUACACCUUAAGAAUGGCCGAAAUGAAUAGAGAGUGUCAGGUCGUUAUAUGUGUUACGCUUUUUGAUGAAGACAAAUACAGCCUUGCAACCACGUUACACUCUAUCCAAAGAAAUGUUGCUCAUUUAUGUAAACGUAGCAAGUCAUCCGUUUGGGGUAAGAAUGGGUGGAAAAAGAUUCAGGUAGUAAUUGUAAGUGACGGCAGGUCACACAUUUCUAACGGUACGCUGGAUUAUAUGAGUGCGCUAGGAGUGUAUCAAGAGGAUAUGGCUAAGUCAUCUGUUAAUGGUCAACCUGUCCAGGCGCAUAUUUUUGAAUUGACCACACAGGUAUCAAUAGAUGAGACACUAAAUUACAAAAGUGGAAGUGUGGUACCCUGCCAAAUUGUGUUUUGUUUAAAAGAGCAACGAGUGAACAAGAUAAAUUCGCAUAGGUGGCUUUUUAAUGCAUUUUGCCCAAUUUUAGAUCCUAGAGUUGUCAUCUUAGUUGAUGUCGGCACAAGGCUAAAUGAUACGGCAGUAUAUCAUUUAUGGAAAGUGUUUGAUCUGGAUUCUAAUGUUGCUGCUGCUGCUGGUCAAGUUACUACUGUGAAGGGCAAACUUGGUUACAAAUUGCUCAAUCCGUUGGUGGGUGCACAGAACUUCGAGUAUAAAAUGUCAAAUAUCCUCGAUAAGCCGGUAGAAAGCGUCUUUGGAUAUCUUUCAGCUCUACCAAGUGCCUUAUCAGCCUACAGGUAUAUUGCUUUAAAAAAUCAUGCAGACGGAUCAGGACCUUUGAGCUCCUAUUUCCUUGGUGAGAAACUUGAUAGCAAGGUAAAGAAUAUUUUUACAGCCAAUAUGUAUCUCGCUGAAGGCAGGAUACUAUGUUGGGAACUGAUAGCUAAACGUAACUCCAAUUGGGUUUUGAAAUACGUUAAAGAAGCUCGGGGACAGACAUCAGUUCCUGAUACACCUGCGUCGUUUAUUUCACAGCGCAGACGUUGGCUCAAUGGAUCUAUGUUUGCAGCAUUCUAUGCACUAACUCACUUUCCCCAAAUAUGGUAUACUAGACAUUCAAAAACCAGGAAAGUUUUCUUUCAUAUCAAGCUCCUGUACCAGUUAUACCGCAUGCUACAUGUCUGGUUUAGCGUUGCGAACUACUACCUAAUAUUUUAUUAUUUGGCGGGUUCUGUAAACCAACUCAUUCCUCAUGGUGAUGUCUUGUUGACGAUUUUCAAGUACUUGUUUAUUUGCGGAAUUUCAGCGAUGUUUGUGGUUGCUAUGGGGAACCGUCCUCGAGCAGGUAGCCAUCUAUUUGUAAUAUCGAUGGUAUUACUGGCUAUUUGCUCAGUAUAUUCUCUCACAUGCGGUAUUGUCUUUGCAAUACAAUCGCUAAAACAUCAUGAAACUCCAAGCUCCGAAUUUGCGAAUAAUAUGAUAUCACUACUUGUAACCAGUGUGUUCUAUGUCGCUUCUUCAUUUAUCUACUUUGACCCAUGGCAUAUUUUUACCUGCACUAUCCAAUAUUUGUUAAUGUUACCAAGCUUUAUUUGCACUUUACAGAUAUUUGCGUUCUGUAAUACCGAUGAUUACACAUGGGGUACUGGCUGCUAUAUAGAUGAUUAUGGGCAGGAUGUAGUGGAAUCUAAGGCUACCAUUGCGGAAGGUCCAGAUGGUAAACAGGUUGUUGAAGGAACUGAAUGGCCACAGGAUGUUGAUAAAAAAUACCAAGAAAUAAAACUUAGACUAAAAAAUAAGGAGAUAACGGAAACCUCCUAUGAUGAGGUCCAAAUGAAGUUGGACCACUAUAGCGACAUUAGGUCGAGAAUUGUUAUGUUCUGGAUGCUGUCAAACUUGAUUUUGGUUAUGACAAUAACUGAAGCCUACGACGUGCGUCAGACAACCGGGAACAAAUAUUUGGCAUUUAUACUAUGGUCUGUAACUGCAUUUACUGCUUUCCAGUUCCUGGUGUCUGUCAUCUUCGUUUUAAUGAAAGCAGUAAGGGCUAUAGUAGCUUGGAAACGUAAGACUGAGUACGAAGAUAACAGAUUCUUUAGUAUUUUCCACAAGAAAACCGAUUUUUAG